CUUCGGCCAAUGGCUGCCGCGAAUGCUAAUGAGCGCUGACGCCACGGGAAGGGUCCAUUCAAAAAGUCGCAGCUAUUGUCGCGCCGGGUUGCGCGCGCCGGCCGGGCCCCGCCGUCGGGCCCCGGGGGGACGGAGCGCGGACGCCGCGGGGACCGAGCCCAGGACGGAGCCCGGCGGCGGCAGCCCAUGGCCGGAGCCGCGAUGGCCGAGCCGGGCCACGGGCCGCCCGCCGCGCCCGCGCCCGGCACUGAGGGGCUGCCGCGCGCCUUCCUGCAGAGCCUGCGCACGCUGUUCGACAUCCUGGACGACCGGCGGCGCGGCUGCGUGCACCUGCGCGAGAUCGAGUCCCGCUGGCAGGGCGCCGACGCGCGGGAGCUGCCCCGCGGCGUGCUCGAGGGCUUGCGCCAGGUGGCCCCGGCCAGCGGCUACCUGACCUUCGAGCGCUUCGUGGCCGGCCUGCGCACCUCGCUGCUGAGCGCCGACGGCGGCCCGCGGGGCCAGGCGCGCGCCCCGGCCCGGGGAGGCUGCCCGGCGCGGCCCGGGGGCCAGCCGCCGCCGCCGCCGCGCCUGGUGUUCGCGCCGGCCGACGAGCCGCGGACGGUCCUGGAGAGGAAGCCCCUGCCCCUGGGCGCGCGGCCCCCGCCAGCCGUCCCCGGCGGCGCGGCCCGAAGCCUAGAGAAGCUGUGCGGACCCGCAGAGGCAGCGCCCGGUCCCGCGGAGCCCGAGCGGCCCCAGGGCGCGGCGCUGGAGCGGAGCCCGAGCGCGGACGCUGGUGCAGUGGCCUGCAGGGCCCGGGAGCUAGGCAUGGGUGAUGCCCAUCGGGCCCCCCGUGCCCGAGGGGAACGUCGGAGGCACACCAUCACCAACGGCGUGGACUGUGACCUGCUGAAGCAGCUGAAGGAGCUGGAGCAGGAAAAGGAGGUGCUGCUCCAGGGUCUGGAGAUGAUGGCCCGGGGCCGCGACUGGUACCAGCAACAGCUACAGCGCGUGCAGGAGCGCCAGCGCCGCCUGGGUCGGAGCAGGGCCAGCACCGACCCUGGGCCUGAGGGGAACCCCGUCCCGCUGGGCCGGCUGCUGCCCAAGGUCCGGGAGGUAGCCCGGUGCCUGGGGGAACUGUUGGCCGCAGCCUGUGCUGGCAGGGCUCUGCCCUCGUUGUCCUCGGGGGCCCCGUGCCCAGCCCUGGCCCCCACCUCACCGUCGGCCCCAGGCUGGCAGCAGCAGACCAUCCUCGUGCUGAAAGAGCAGAACCGGCUCCUCACGCAGGAGGUGACCGACAAGAGUGAGCGCAUCACGCAGCUGGAGCAGGAGAAAUCUGCCCUCAUCAAGCAGCUGUUUGAGGCGCGCGCCCUCGGCCAGCAGGAUGCUGGGCCCUUGGACUCCACCUUCAUCUAGCCGGCCGCGGGCGCGGGCGCGGGACUCUCAGGACCUGGCCUGGCAGUCAGCCUGGGCAGGUGCCUCCUUGAGCCCCACUUAGGCUAAAGAUCACCUGACUGGCCUGGACACGGGUUUCUUCCUCUCUUCCAGUCGGGGCUCCCCCAGAGCGCCCCCCCCCAACCCCCCCAGCCCAGGUGGGGCCAGCAGGCAGGCUGUGCCCCGGAAUGUCUUGUGGCUGCAGAUACGGACUCGGUCCUGGCCUGGGGGGCUAAACCGGGGUGGGACUUCAUUGUGCUGUCAUAGCCUGAAGCUGUUCCAGCGGCUGUCAGUGGUCAGCGGGGGACGACUCCUCGUGCGUACCAGGUCUCCGGCAGCCCUGGGCAGCCCGGCUUUGUGGCAGGCCUGUCCUCUCUGUCCCUGGGUCUCGGGAAAAGAUAGUGGUUUCCCCUGGACUGCACUUCCGACCACAGCCAGCAGAGGGGCCUCACGCAUAGUAGCCAAGAGCUGCCUUGGAGCCGCCGCUGGGGGUUUCCUCCCGGGUCUGAGUCAGGGUCCCCGAGGGGGGCUGGAACACCUGGGGGCCUAACGGGUGAUUGGGCGCAGGAGCCCCAGGUCUAGGGGCUGGCUGUCCUUCAGCCGGGAGCACGUGGAGGAGAAAAGGGGUGGUUUCUAGUAGUGGGGUCUGCCUGUGUCUGGUUUUGGGGGAGAGUGAUCAGAGUUCAUGCCUGGGCCGAGGCUGGCCUGCUUGCCCCUCCUCACAGAUCCCAGACCCUAAAACAACUCGGGUCAGCUGUCACUCCUCCUUGCCAAAACCAGGCCCCACGGAGCAACCUGUGACCCAGGCUCAGGGCCUUGGGCCUGCCAGACACCCCAGCCAGGGCAGGACGUGGUCACCAGGGUUGCUCUGGUGUGCCCCUGUCCUGGGGAGGGCCCUGUCCCCAGGAGUGAUGUCCGCAUGGGCCUCCCGGAUGUGCCCCAGGGUUCCUCAUCGGCCAAGCGCCCCCACCAGGACCUACCCCACAUGAUUCGGGGCUGGACAGUCAGCUCCCACCUCCGGUCUUUGCAAAUGCCCUUCUGUCUCCUGGAACACCCUCCCCCUGCUUCACCCCGCUUGCUCCUACCCAGCCCUCCAGGAUGGAGUGAAGGACUGCCCAGAGGCCGGAACAGUGAAGGUGGCAGCCUCUGGGGGGGUGGGCUCGGCAGCGGUGACCUCUGGGGCGUCUGCCAUGCCCGGGGGUUCUGCGUUCCCUGUGCUGCCUUCACGUGACUCGGGGGGCAGGAGGUGGCGCGGUGUCCGCCCCAGGCGUCUUCUACUGGGAGACCUUCCACAGAGCGUGCCCCUCCAGCUGAGGGAGAUGUGGAGUCGGCAGGCAACUCGGAUGGAAACCCCUCGUCCUUGGGGCUCGGUGUGGGGUGAACAAACGUGUCCUCUCUGCAGUCUGAAGUCAGGGUACCUGUGGGGCGCUAGAGGCCUCAGGGGAGAAUUUUAAGCGGUCCUAGUCUGCCGGCAGAAGCCAAACUCUGCUCGGCAAAGCGCCGGUGACAUUUGGGGCCAAGUAAGUGUUGACGGGGGAGGGGCUGUCCCCUCCUGUGUGACGCUGACCGCCCCGACUGCUGUCCACGCACUCGGUUCUGACAACCAAAGUAUCUCAAGACGUGCCAAGGCGUGGUGGCGGCAGAGACGCUGUCCCUGCUUGAGGAUCCUGUCCCAGAGGAGACCAUAACUUCACUUGGUCUUAAGGGGUUCACGGAGGUCAAGUUCCAAGGAAAAUGAGCGUCUCCAAGUUAGAUUUUUUUGCAAACACUGUGAGGAGCGUCCACGACGAGCCAGCAGAAACCACCGAUUCUGCAGACGGUCAGACAGUGGAGCGAUCAGAGAAUACAAGAUAAUUUUUAUUCGUCUAAAGAAAUAAAAAGGAUUCUUGAAAAUAUGAACAAGAAAGAGUCCUCAUACUUCCUUAUUCUGUGAAAGUAUAGUCUAUAAAGGUGAGCAGUAAAGCCUAAAAAAAGAAACUUAAAACUAAAAAUUGAGAUUUAAAACUCAAGUGGACUAAACUUGCGAUGAAAAUGCUAGUGAAAAACGAGCUUAGGAAAUGAUCCAGAAGGCAGCCCAGAGACUCAGACCGGAAGCACAAACGAGAGGGGGCGUCCUGGAGGGCAGAGGGGGAGGGCCACCCAUCUGGUUGCGUUUCCUACCAGAGGACGAGGGAGGAGGCACGUAUAUGAAGAUAAACUAGCUUAAAGUUUCCCAGAGUUGUCUGAAAACCUCAAUCCUCAGGUCCAGAAACCCCAACAACUGCCAGCCAGGCUGAUGGGAAGAAACGCACAUUUCCUCUUACAGGAUCACGAAGGAGCCGAGACGAAACCAGUGGCCUCCAGGGGAAGUGCCGUCAGAGUCGGAGGGUGGCGGCUUUGAUGGCCAAGGCGUAGACUCGCUGCCCUCCAAGGCCAGACCCAGAGAAACUCAAGGAUGAGGGCAAAAUAAAAACACUUCGGGAAUAGUUGAAAGUUUACCACCGAUAGGACUUCACUAAAGGGCAAUCUGGAGGAAGGACUUCAGAAAAAAGGCAGAAGUCAAGAAGGAACCCGAAGUAAGGAUGAGUUCUCUCCUGCCGCAGAACAAAUUAGCUUCAAGCUCAGUGGUUUAAAGCAAUAGUUAUUGUCAUUUUCUAAAUGUUUACUUAGCAGGAGAGGAGAAGGGGGGAGAGAGAGAGAGAAGCCCAAGCAGGCCCCGCGCUGCCAGCGCACAGCCCGACGCGGGGCUUGAACUCACGAUGAACCGUGAGAUCGUGACCUGAGCUGAAACCACGAGUCGGACUCUUAACUGACGCCCCCAAAUCUAUAGUUCCUUUCUUGCCGUUUCUGUGGGUGAGGAGCUCAGGAGCAGUUGCACUGGCCAGUUCUGGCUUGGAGCCUUCUGGGCCGCCAUCUCCGACGGGCCCGCUUCCAAGAAGGCGCCCUCGUGGGCUGUUGGCGGAGCACCUCCGGGCUCGUCACCUCCAGCGUCCUCCCAUCACUGCAGCUGCACCAGAGCGGAGACCCAAGAGAAGCAACAGUGAGGGAGCCACGUGCCUGUGAGGACCUGGGCUCAGGAGUCCCGAGUCACACCCUCGCUUCACUUCACUUUGUUCGUUAGAAGCCAGUCCUCAGUCCGGUCCUUUCUCAAAGGGGUGGGAGGGGAAUCAGGCACCACCCUUUCAAGGAAAGAGAAUCAAAUAAUCUGUGCGCAUUCGACAGUGCUUGAGUUGCUCGUAAGAAGGGACAAGAUGCCGCUCUAAAUUUUAUUUAGUGUGUCUUGAAAUAACUGGGAGAGCCAGGGACGACACCUUCCCAAGAAGGGAGGCGCAGGCGGACAGGGUGAGAAGAGGAAAAAAAAGUUCAAUCUUUAAGAAAAAGCAAAAAACCCCAAAACACAAUAAGGCGAUAGAGCUACAUCGGUAAUCACAACAUAGGUGGAUGGAUUAAACUCUAAUUGUCAGAUUGCACUUUUACGAACUCGAAUAGCUGUUUUAAGAGACAGACCUAAAAUAUGGUGUAAAAAAAAAAAAAAAAGAAA